AUGGCGCACUUUCCUCGCCGCCCUCCGUCUGGCAUCAACGUAAUCAUAGUAGGCGCAGGCUUCGCGGGCAUCGCAGCAGCAAUAGAAUGCGACCGAAAAGGCCACACAGUCGUCCUCCUCGAAAAAGCAGCAGAUGUAGAGGACAUAACGCGGUUCGGCGACAUUAUCUCGUUCGAUCCCAACGGUGCGCGCAACUUUGAGCGCUGGCCUGGCGUCAUCGAAGCGAUGAAGGAGGUGGCACGUAAAACAACAUGGCUGGAUCUGUACCACUGGAAAGGACAAUUUGUCACCAGGCAGAGUUUUGCGGCCGAACAGGAAUGGGGGCCGAGAAUCAAUGGGCAUAGAGGAGAACUGUACAGUAUUAUUCAUCAGCAUGCUGUCGAUCGAGGAGUGAACAUUCAGUGGGGCCAACGCGUAACUGAUUACUUCGAGGACGAUGAAAAGGCUGGCGUGGUAGUCAAUGGAGAAGAGAUGGUCGCCAAUGUAGUCAUUGCAGCAGAGGGAGUUCGUUCCCGCGGCCGUAAAGUUGUGCUUGGUUUUGACGACAAACCGAAGAGUUCGGGAUACGCUGUGUAUCGCUCAUGGUUCUCUGGAGAUGCCAUCAAAGACAACCCAACCCUGAAGCAUCUCGUAGAUGGAGACAGUCACUCUGGGUUCAUAGGUCCAGAUCUUCACUUUCUGGUAUCGUCGCUCAAAGACGGCAAGGAGUUCAAUUGGGUGUUUACUCACGUAGACGACGGGAAUAUCGAGGAGGACUGGCAGUUCCCAGGCAGAGUGGAAGACUGCUUGAGGUAUGUAGAAGGAUGGGCGCCCAUCGUGCAAGAGAUUGUAAGGUCGACGCCAAAAGGGGCGCGUCUCAUCGAUCAUAAGCUCGUCUUCCGUGAUCCGUUGCCUACUUUCAUCUCGCCAAAGCACCGUAUCGCUUUGAUUGGAGACGCAGCGCAUCCCUUUCUUCCAACAUCCAUCCAAGGUGCCAGUCAAUCCAUCGAAGACGGUGUUGUACUGGCGGCGUGUCUGGAACUGGCUGGCAGAGAAAGCAUUCCUUUAGCCGUACGAGCAUUCGAGAAGAUCCGCUACGAAAGGGUGCACAAAGCACAGGCGACGGGGGUUAAGACGCGCGAGCGAUGGCAUAAAGCCAACUGGGAUGAGAUAGCGAAGAGGCCGGAAUCCAUUCACCUAGCACGCGAGGCAUGGCUGCUAAAUUUUGAUGCAGAGAACGACUGCUAUGAGAGGUUUGAUGAGGUUGCUAGGAACUUGCGGGGUGCACAAGCGCGACUGUAGGGAGCUUUGCUCGGGUAGCAACGUCGGUAUAUUGUUGGUGUUUGACGGACCGAGCAACUCACCUUAAGCGCACGGUAUCUGUACGUGGUGUGCAUCAGCGCAGGAUAGCUUGUGCAAGCCUCGUGCUACCUUUCUUAUUUGAAGUAGUAUUUGAACAACCUGGCUUUUGGACAAUGAUGAUUCGCAUCAAUGAUGUGGAUGAGCUCUACGCUAAUGCCGUCUAAUGUCGCGCUAGCACCUGCUCCCGUCU